AUGCCGGAGUGUUUGCAAGGUGGUAGACGUCAUUUCGGCGAAUGCCAGACGAAUGAAAAAGGUUUCUUCAAAUGUGGAUCACUAGGCCACUUCAUCCGAGACUGCCCUGAAUUAGAUAAGAAAGAGAAAAAGCCAGAGAUGAGGGCGAGUGGUGCUCCCUCGAAAGGUAGACCACAAAAGAACCCGAGUAGUGGGGCUAGCAGUAAAGGUGCCCCUAGAGAUUCAGCUGUAAGGUCUGAGGGCCAUGCGCCUGCAAGGACUUAUGCCAUACGUGCCUGUGAAGAGGCAAAGUCUCCUGAUGUGAUCACGGUGCCCAGUAUGAAAAUGCCAAUUGAGUUUAUGGAAUUUGUAGUAAAGGUGUCAAAUCCAUUAGAUUGGUUGACUUUUCAUGGGGUUGUAGUGGAUUGUGGACGAAAAGUUAUUGAGCUAAAAUGUGAAGACAGGAAUGUUCUUCAGGUUGAACCAGGUAAACUGGGUGGAUUACCUGAAGUGAUAUUGUCUAUGAUGGCAGAGAUAUAUUUAAGAAAAGGGUACGAGGCUUACCUUGCCCUUGUAUUGAAUACUCAAGCAUCUGAUUUGAAGAUCGAGUCAGUGUCAGUGGUAUGUGAGUUCACGGACGUAUUUCUAGAGGAAUUGCUUGGAUUGCCUCCCGUGAGGGAAGUUGAAUUUGGAAUUGAGUUGGUCUUCGACUACCGAUGGCUCAACAAGGUAACCGUGAAGAACAAGUACCCUGUGCCAAGGAUCGAUGAUUUGUUCGAUUAG